GGAAGCUGCUACUCCUUAGCGUAUUUCCGCUGGAGAGUUGAAGUCAGUGCGGCGCGCACCGGAGUUGACGGGUGAAGCUGCGGGAGCUGGGGAGUCGGACGGCGGUGCUGCUUUGACUGAUCUGCUCCACGUCACUGCGCUUGCGCGGAGGCCGACCCUACCCCCGGCAUCCCCCGCGGCCUUCAGAUGCGCCGGCGUCUGGCUGCUGCUGCUCCCGGUGAGGCUCGACGAGAACGCUGCUUCGGACCGGGCAGCGCUCUUCCCGAGCGGGCUAGCCGCGAUGCCCCCACGCAGGCUGUUCCGGAGCCACCUGUGUGUCAGGUGCCAGUGACCUUCAGAGACGUGGCUGUGUACUUCUGCAAGGAAGAAUGGGAGUGUCUCAGUCCUAGCCAGAGGACCCUCUACCGGGAUGUGAUGUUGCAGAACUUCAGGAACUUGAAUGAACUGGGAUGCUGUGGCCAGAAACCCGGCCUUAUUUCUCGUCUGGAACAAUGGGAUGAGCCUUGGGUUGAUGACUGGGACAGAUCCGAGUUUCCAGAAGGACAAACAAGUGUCUUCCCAGGAGGCAGAAAGCUGACUUCAGCUCCUGAGAGGACCCAUUCACGGACAGGAGCCAGGAGAGGAGCCACCUUGAGGAAGAAUGUCCUGACUUCCGGGAAGGUGCGUCUUCCCAGAGCUGCCUCUGGGAAGAGAAUGGACAAAAAGGAAGUUCUCCAGAACCAGACAUGUGGAAUCUCCCACAGGAAGCAGCCAGACCUCAAGGAGCAGGGCAAGAGUGGCGCAGAGGGACACCCGUUUAUCUGUGGCACUUGUGGGAAGGCCCUGAGCUGCCACAGCCGCCUGGCCGCUCACCAGACUGUACACACGGGGACCAGGUCCUUCGAGUGCCUCGAGUGUGGCCGGACGUUCCGCUGGGUUUCAAACCUCCUGCGCCACCAGAGAAAUCACACGAGUGAAAAGCCCUUCUGCUGCGAGGUAUGUGGGCAGGCCUUCAGCUUGAAGGACCGCCUGGCACAGCAUCGCAAGAUCCACACGGAGCACCGGCCCUACGAGUGCGGCGACUGUGGGAAGGCCUUCAAACAGAAGUCGAAUCUCCAGCGGCAUAAGCUCGUUCACACCGGAGAGAAGCCUUUCUACUGUGACAACUGCGGCAAGGCCUUCCGGACUAAAGAAAACCUUAACCACCACCAGCGGAUCCACAGCGGGGAGAAGCCCUACACCUGCGGGGAGUGCGGCAAGGCCUUCCGGUGGCCCAAGGGCUUCAGCAUCCACCAGAGGCUGCACUUGGCCAAGAAGUUCUAUGAGUGUGAGCAGUGUGGAAAGGGCUUCCGCCACCUGGGCUUCUUCACAAGACAUCAGAGAAUUCACGGGCGAGGAGAAGUGUAGGGCCUCCUGUGGGCCUCCCCUGUUCUUGGCUGAGGGAGGACUGCAGCAGGUGCUCUCUAGCCGAGGGCACGUACAUGGCCGGGAGCCAGCAGUCUUCAGUCUGUGGAAGUUCUGACACAGGGCAGGGAAGGGAUCAGCUGCUUCUUGGGUAUUCCUUGCCUCUGGCUAUGUUGGCUAAGGGAUUUGCCCUGUCCUGAGCGGCACUUGUAUGCACUUUAACUCUUUUCUCUCCUAGCUCCUCCGCUAUGUCUCCUGUCUUGUGGGAGGGAGGUCUGAGGCUCGAGCAGAGGCAAAGCUUACUGUUAGAGCUGACGGUGAUGGCCCAGAGGGCCAAAGCCUGAAAAUUGAGUUUGAUUCCCAGGGAUCCAUAUGGUGGGAGGAGAGAAAAAAUGUUCUAAGCUGUCCUGCCUUCCUCAUCUCAUGUGUGUGCGCACACAGACACAAUAAAUACAUAAAUCAA